AUGCAAACAUCAACCUUUCAAGCAAGAACUUCAUGUAGAUCGUUUGAAAGAAGAAAAUUCCUCCAAUAUAUAUGUUUUACUACUAUUGGUGUUUCGAUCAUAGCAGGAAGUAUCUUUUUAAUAAUUAACAUUAGAGAAAAACUGGAGAACAUCUCAAUAAUAACAUCAAAAAUAUCAACAAGGGCAACAGAAUCAGUAACAGCGACAACAACGACCACAGAAUCAACAAUAACAGUAACAACAACAACAGGACCAAUAACGACGACAACAACACUGCCGAGAGAAUGGUUUGUUACAGGAGAAAUGGCUGUCUCACGUACAUUACAUACACUACCUUUGUUACCCAACGGGAAAGUAUUGGUUACAGGUGGAAAAAUUAACGGUAUCGAUGUUAUGAAGAUAACUGAACUGUAUGAUCCAUCAACAGGUAUUUGGAAAAUUGUUAAUGAGCCAUAUCAUCCACGAAGUUAUCAUACAGCAACUGUAUUAGAAAAUGGACUAGUAUUAGUUACAGGUGGAAGGCAUUCUAAUUUAGUUUUAUCUGCUGCUGAAUUAUAUAAUGUAUCAGCAGAUACUUGGAUAACUACAGGAAGUAUGAAUCAUCAACGAAGUCAUCACACAGCUACUUUAUUAAAGAAUGGAAAAGUACUAGUUACCGGUGGAUACUACGAUAUAUCAUGUAGCAUACUUGUACGAAAUGACGAAUUGUACAACCCAUCAAUAGGUACCUGGAGAAAUACAGAUAAAAUGAGCAAUAUUUAUCACACAACUACUCUAUUAUCGAAUGGAAAAGUGUUAAUGGCUGGAGGUUUACAUGGGGUAUCGUCUCAAUUAUAUGAUCCAUUAACAGGCACGUGGAAUAAAACAGGGCCAAUGAGCGAUUGGCGUCAAGGUCAUUCAGCAUCAUUAUUAAAAAAUGGAUCAGUAUUGGUAGCUGGAGGAAACCAGAAUGGUUGGGGUUUAUUUAAUGCUGAAUUAUAUGAUCCAUCGACAGGCACGUGGAAACCUGCAGGUAAUAUGAAUUUUCGUCGUUCUUAUCAUACAGCAUCUGUAUUACCGGAUGGAAAAGUGCUAGUGGCUGGAGGAGAUUAUUACGGCUCCCUAGAUAGUGUUGAAUUGUAUGAUCCGUUAUUGAACACUUGGUCAAUAGUACACAGUCUAAUCAAAGGACGCUUUCGUCAUACAGCAACUGUACUAGCCGAUGGAAAAGUGUUAAUUGCUGGUGGUCAACAAAGUUUUAACGACUACUCUCUUGAUAUUACAGAACUAUAUUAA